GCCGGCCCCGCGCGCAGGUAGCCGCAGCCCCCGCCCUCGCCCCCGCCCCGCCCUCGCCCCCGCCCCGCCCCCGCCGAGGAGGGGCGGAGCCGGGAGUGAGGGCGGGCGCCGCGCGCAGUGGAGGUGGAGAGUGAGGCCGAGGGGUGGGGGAGCCCGGGAAUUCCCUCCUCCUGAAGUAACGAGUGCGGGGCGGCUGUGCCGUCGUCGCUGCAGCCGGGCGCUCGGGACGAGGAGGUGGAGGAGGGAGAGGGCCCCGCGGGCCUCGCCUCCGCCCGCCGCCCCCUCCUCGCCAGCCCGAGCCGCGGUAGCGGCGACUCAUGAGAGCGCGGCUGGAGGGCAGAUUUGAUAAUGGGCUGCAUUAAAAGUAAAGAGAACAAAAGUCCAACCAUUAAAUAUAGAACCGAAAACACUCCAGAACCUGUCAGUAGCAGUGUCAGCCAUUAUGGAGCAGAACACACUGCAGUGGCACCAUCAUCUUCAACAAAGGGAGCAUCUGUUAAUUUUAGCAGUCUUUCCAUGACACCAUUUGGAGGAUCCUCAGGGGUGACACCUUUUGGAGGAGCAUCUUCUUCAUUCUCAGUGGUGCCAAGUUCAUAUCCUGCUGGUUUAACAGGUGGUGUUACUAUAUUUGUGGCCUUAUAUGAUUAUGAAGCUAGAACUACAGAAGACCUUUCAUUCAAGAAAGGUGAACGGUUUCAAAUAAUUAACAACACGGAAGGAGACUGGUGGGAAGCAAGAUCUAUUGCUACAGGAAAGAAUGGCUAUAUCCCUAGCAAUUAUGUAGCCCCUGCAGAUUCCAUUCAGGCAGAAGAAUGGUAUUUUGGCAAAAUGGGCAGAAAAGACGCCGAAAGAUUACUUUUGAAUCCUGGGAAUCAACGAGGUAUUUUCUUAGUAAGAGAGAGUGAAACUACUAAAGGUGCUUAUUCUCUCUCUAUCCGUGAUUGGGAUGAGGUAAGAGGUGACAAUGUGAAACACUAUAAAAUUAGGAAACUUGACAACGGUGGAUACUAUAUCACAACCAGAGCACAAUUUGAUACUCUGCAGAAGUUGGUAAAACACUACACAGAACAUGCUGAUGGUUUAUGCCAUAAGUUAACAACCGUGUGUCCUACUGUGAAACCCCAGACUCAAGGUCUGGCAAAAGAUGCUUGGGAAAUUCCUCGAGAAUCUUUGCGACUAGAGGUUAAAUUAGGACAAGGAUGUUUUGGUGAAGUAUGGAUGGGGACAUGGAAUGGAACCACGAAAGUAGCAAUCAAAACACUAAAGCCAGGUACAAUGAUGCCAGAAGCUUUUCUUCAAGAGGCUCAGAUAAUGAAAAAAUUAAGACAUGAUAAACUUGUUCCACUAUAUGCUGUUGUUUCUGAAGAGCCAAUUUACAUUGUCACUGAGUUCAUGUCAAAAGGGAGUUUAUUGGAUUUCCUGAAGGAGGGAGAUGGAAAGUUUUUGAAGCUCCCACAACUGGUUGAUAUGGCUGCUCAGAUUGCUGAUGGUAUGGCGUAUAUUGAAAGAAUGAAUUAUAUUCAUCGAGAUCUUCGGGCUGCUAAUAUUCUUGUAGGAGAAAAUCUUGUUUGCAAAAUAGCAGAUUUUGGUUUAGCAAGGUUAAUUGAAGACAAUGAAUAUACAGCAAGACAAGGUGCAAAGUUUCCAAUCAAAUGGACAGCUCCCGAGGCUGCACUAUAUGGUCGAUUUACAAUAAAGUCUGAUGUAUGGUCAUUUGGUAUUCUACAGACAGAGCUGGUAACAAAGGGCAGAGUGCCAUAUCCAGGUAUGGUAAACCGCGAAGUGCUAGAACAGGUGGAACGAGGAUACAGGAUGCCUUGCCCUCAGGGCUGCCCGGAAUCUCUACAUGAAUUGAUGAACCUUUGUUGGAAGAAGGACCCUGAUGAAAGACCAACAUUUGAAUAUAUUCAGUCCUUCUUGGAAGACUACUUCACUGCUACAGAGCCACAGUACCAGCCAGGAGAAAAUUUAUAAUCCAAGUAGCCUUUUAUAUGCACACAUCUGCCAAAAUGUAAAGAACUUGUGUAGACUUCCUUACUUUACAUACAGGAAUCAAAAGAAGAAAGUUUUCUUCACUCUGCAUGUUUUUAAUGGUAAACUGGAAUUCCAGAUACGGUUGCACAAACUGCUUUUUUUUUUUUCCCAAGUGUUAAACUCUAAAAUACCAAUGAUGAAUUUUCCAACUUAUUUCAGGGUCCAAAGAAAGUACAGUUAAUGAUACUGAUGACCGUGUGAGUGAUAGCAUGACCAUGAAGAACAACAAGGCUGCUUCUUUAUAAAUCACUUCCUUUCUUUUAUUCCCCAAACUCAGAGUCAUUAAGAGGAAAGUGUGUAUCAUUAUAGACAAAACUUGGGAGAUAAAAACAGGUAUACCAUAAUAAAAUCUAAAGUCAAGGAACUUUAUAGGACCAAACAAUUCCAUUCCAGUUUUUAUAAAGAUGUCUUCCAUUCAUUGUUCUCACAAGCUUUUUCAAAGUUGAACAGUUAGUAUACAAUCUUAUUAAUAUCUACCUUCUUUUGCAUGGAAAUGCACCAGGUUUUUAGAAGCAAAAAGGAAUAUAAACAGCAUCUAAAACUUGAUUAAAUGUUAGACGACAGUAGUGACAUUUGAAAGUAUAAUGCACUAUGUUAAUACUCAUACUCAUGGAACUGGAAAGUAGAAAUUUUUCACUUUGAUUAAUCAUUUUCUGAAUAGCUCAGUUUAGAAUAAUGAAGGUAACUAGAAAGUGAGUUAAUCUUUUAUAAGGUUGUAUUGAUUUUCUUUAAGGCACUAUAUAAUUGAAGUUGUACUGUCCAAUCCAAGGGAAAAUCUUUUAAUAUUUAGAUAACAUGAAAAAAUAAGACCCGAUAUUUAAACAGUCCUUUUGAAAAAGUAGACUGGUACUGUGAGAUAUUUCUAGUAUGAACUUACGGUGAUGGGUGCCACAAAUAUGAAAUAUCACUAGAUCAGGGACUUGAAUGCACUUUUGCUAUUCCUGAAUAUAGACUGACAGAGAGGAAAAUAUUUAAAAGAAAUAUGAGAAAA